UGUUUUAGAUGGAAUUAACCCAGUUUUCUCUCGACGCUGAAAUCUAUGAAUCCAUGUUACAAAUUGCAACAAGUAUAUGUGUUGGUUCGUUUGUUACGUCAUUGAAUUUUUUUGAAGAACUCAAUACUAGUGGUUGAUAUAUUAAUUAACCCUAAAUCGUUCCACAUCUCCACUAUAAAUAUGGCAUCAUAAGUCCAAAUCUAAAGGAUCAAAUAACUAAAGCCGAAAAUGGAAAACAGAGAAACUCUUGUUUACACUCUCAUUUGCAUCUUUCUCUCUCUCCACUUCUUGUUUUGGAGAUUCAGGCCGCGUUACACUGAAGUUGCGUCUGUCUUCAGACUGACACGCCACCUUAACAUCCGCAGUUUUGCUUCAGUAACAAGCUAUAACUUCGACUUCAUGUUGUAUAUGGUCAAUAAGGCCAAGUUUGUCAACAAAGCACUAGACGAGGCUGUUCCUCUCUGCGAGCCAGCACUCAAAAUCCGUGAAUCCAUGAGGUACACACUUCUCUCGGGUGGAAAACGCGUAAGGCCAAUGCUUUGCUUAGCUGCGUGCGAGCUCGUAGGUGGCCAAGAGUCCACCGCAAUGCCCACUGCAUGUGCGGUUGAGAUGCUUCACGCGUCAUCUCUCAUCCAAGACGACCUCCCUUGUAUGGAUGACGACAACCUUCGUCGUGGAAAACCCACCAACCAUAAAGUAUAUGGUGAAGAUAUAUCCGUCUUUACCGCUGAUGCGCUCAUAGCGCUAGCUGUCAAGAAGAUGGCCGCGUCUACCUCUUUGGGCGUUCCUCCAGAGAGGGUUCUCCGGGCCAUUUUGGAGAUGACAAAAGCGUUGGGAACGGAAGGGCUCGUUGCGGGUCAAGCGGCUGAUCUGGCCGGAGAAGGAAUGAGCGGAGUGGGGUUGGAACAUCUUGAGUUUAUACAUAUUCACAAAACGGCGGCGUUGCUUGAAGCUUCUGCGGUGGCGGGGGCUAUUGUGGGAGGUGGGUCUGAUAAAGAGAUUGAAAGGCUUAGGAUGUAUGCAAGAUGCAUUGGGCUUAUGUUUCAAGUUGUGGAUGAUGUUCUUGAUGUGACAAAGUCGUCGGAGGAAUUGGGGAAGACGGCCGGUAAAGAUUUGGUGGCCGGAAAGCUAACGUAUCCGAGGUUCAUGGGAGUGGAGAAGUCGAAGAAAUAUGCUGAAAAGUUGAACGUAGAAGCGAGAGAGCAUCUUCAAGGGUUUGAUAUACACAAGGUGGCGCCUUUGUUGUCUCUAGCUGAUUACAUUGUCAAUCGACAAAACUAACUUGAUAUAUGUUUUAUAAAAAUAUUGAUAAAUGUUCGUUAAAUGCAAACCUAAAAAUGGAAUAGAACUAUAUCUCAUUUUGGAAAAAUUGGAAUUUUGUUUUACAUGUUGGAUCAAGAAAUCCAAACAGUGAAAUCCAAAGAGGGUCGUUUUCGACUAUCAAUUGUUCUUUCGAACAAUCGCCAUGGGAACAAAAGUGGAGCUUCCCGUCGGGUUUCUUCAUUUUGCUGAGCUUGACUCGUCCUUAGAUGGUUCUAUUUUUAGUUAUUUUGUAUUGUUUUCUAGUUUUAUUUUACCGUCGAGCUUGCUUCCGGGAUUUUCUGCUUCAUUUGUAAAUUUUUAUGCUCUUUGAGCAUCUUAAUAUAAGUUUUUUUUUUAACGCUGAUUUAUUAUGAUCUUACAAUUAUGAUAUA